AUGCUAAAGAAGCGAUAUCCAAUCAUAGAACAUCUGAGAGAGAAGCGUGUGGCAAGCGUAGCUAAGGUCACCGUUAUAUCAUUGUACAGCCGAGAGGAUUAUAUUUCCGCUUCCGUUCACUUCAAAUUUGGAAAGGAGAUUGCACUUAACAUUGUUUAUUUUAGAAAAUCGUGCGUUUUUGCCUCUCUUUCUUUCUUUCUUUCUUUCUUUCUUUCUUUUAGAAUAUUUUUUACUUCCUGUAUUCUUUCCUUCCUUCCUACCUUCCUUCUUAACUUGUAUCCUUCCUACCUCACUUCCUUCCUACCUUCUUUCCUUCUUACCUCCCUUCCUUCCUACCUUCUUUCUUUCCUAUUUUCUUUCCUUCUUACCUCACUUCCUUCCUACCUUCUUUCCUUCUUACCUUCUUUCCUCCCUACCUCCCUUCCUCCCUUCCCUUCCUUCCUACCCUCUUUCCUUCUUACCUUCUUUCCUCCCUCCCUCCCUUCCGUCCUACCUUCUUUCCUUCUUACCUUCUUUCCUCCCUACCUCCCUACCCCCUUUCUCCCUACCUCUCUUCCUUCCUGCCUUCUUUCCUUCUUUCCUUCCUACCCCCUACCCCACAUCCUUCCUAACUUCAUUCCUUCCUACCUUCUUUGCUUCCUACCUCCCUUCCUCCCUACUUUCUUUCCUUCUUACCUCACUUCUUCCCUACCUUCUUUCCUUCCUUCCUACCCACCUUCUAUCCUCCCUUCUUUCCGACGUCCAUUCAUUCCUACCUCCCUUCCACCUACCUUCUUUCCUUCUUACCUCAUUUCCUUCCUACCUCCCUUCCUUUCUAUCUCCCUUCCUUCCUCCCUUCCUCCCUACUUUCUUUCCUUCUUACCUCACUUCUUCCCUACCUUCUUUCCUUCCUUCCUACCCACCUUCCAUCAUCCCUUCUUUCCUACGUCCCUUCAUUCCUACCUCCCUUCCACCUACCUUCUUUCCUUCUUACCUCAUUUCCUUCCUACCUCCCUUCCUUUCUAUCUCCCUUCCUUCCUACCUACCUCCCUACCUUCUUUCCUUCUUACCUCACUUCCUUCCUACCUCCCUUCCUUUCUACCUCCCUUCCAUCCUACCUACCUCCCUUCCUACCUUUUUUCCUUCUUACCCCACUUCCUUCUUACCUUCUUUCCUUCCCACAUCCCUUCCUUCCUACCUCCCUUCCUUCUAACCUGCCUUCCCAUCUGCCUUCCCCCACUAAUUCAAUUACUCCUCUUUACCUUGUUUGUUCAUCGUUUUAUUUGUUUUUCCUUAACUUCGCCGUUGUUAUUUUUUAAUUCUCUUUCUUUCUUUCUUUCUUUCUUUCUUUCUUUCUUUCAAAUAUAA